AUGGCUGAAUUAACUAUCGGCACAGAUGCAACACAAACCAACAUCACCACGGACCAGGCUGCUCUUCUUGCUCUGAGAUCCCAUAUCACCAGUGACCCUCACAACAUCUUGGUCAACUGGUCAACCACCACCUCCGUCUGCAACUGGGUUGGCGUUACUUGUGGUGCUCGCCAUCUCAGAGUAGCAUCAUUGAAUCUCUCAUACAUGGGUUUUAUUGGCACCAUUCCACCACACUUAGGCAACCUCUCAUUCCUUGUUGCACUAAGCUUCAAAAAUAACAGCUUCCAUGGUUCCAUACCCGCGACUAUCUUCAACUUAUCUACACUACAAGUAAUUGAUCUAAGCAUUAACCAACUAUCAGGUGGGAUACCAAGACAAUUAGGGAACUUAACAAUGUUGAAGGAGAUAUACUUGGACAGCAACAAUUUCAAAGGCAGUAUCCCAUCCUCAAUCUUCAAUAUGUCCAAGAUAACAGUACUGACUCUUGGUAUGAAUCAGCUAUCUGGUAGCCUCCCUGCAAACAUAGGCCUUGGGCUUCCAAACAUACAACGUCUUUAUACACAAGCAAAUGACCUCAGCGGAGUAAUCCCCAACUUCUCCAAUGCUUCUAUGCUCACGCACCUACAAUUGCACCUAAACUCAUUUACAGGGUUUAUUCCAAGCACGCUCUGUGCCUUAACAAACCUUGAGUGCCUUAACUUAUACAUGAAUAAUUUGACGAUUGAGACUUCCACUCUCUCUUGUUUGGCUAAUCAUGGAAAUUUGAAAAGACUACUCUUGGCAGCUAAUCCGUUAAAUGCUAGACUUGAUGAUUCCUUUCGGAAUUGCUCUAUAUCGUCGCUUCAACAUAUUGAUUUAAGAGGUUGCAGCAUGAAGGGUAACAUUCCCAUUGAUAUUGGCAACUCGAGCAGCUUGAUAGACUUAAACCUGGGAUACAAUCAAUUGACCGGAUCAAUUCCAACUUCUGUGGAAAGACUAAGAAAUCUCCAAGGUUUGUAUUUGAAUGACAACAAGUUGGAAGGAUAUAUCCCAUAUGAACUUUGUCAACUAGACAACCUAGGUUACUUAUAUCUGGGUGGAAAUCAACUUACUGGUUCUAUACCUUCCUGCUUGGGCAGUCUAGCCGGAUCUCUCAGAACUCUAUCACUGGAGUCCAAUUUGUUGAGUUCCACAAUACCAUCUACUCUCUGGAGACUGGCCUAUAUCUUGCAUGUAAACUUAUCAUCCAAUUCUCUAAUUGGACCUCUCUCACAAGAUAUUGGAAACUUGAAAGUUGUCCUAGAGGUAGAUUUAUCAAAUAACCAUUUAUCCGGUGUUAUACCAAGCACCAUUGGGGGGCUUUUGGAUUUGAAUAUUCUGUCCUUGGCAAAUAAUAAUUUGGAAGGCCCUAUUCCAAGUAAAUUUAACCACUUGCUAAGCCUGGAACUGUUAGAUUUAUCCAGAAACAGUCUGUCUGGAGUGAUUCCGAGUUCUUUAGAAGCUCUCUUACAUAUGAAGUAUCUGGAUUUGUCUUUCAACAGGCUCCAAGGACAAAUUCCAACAGGUGGACCCUUCCAAAACUUCCCGGCUCAAUCAUUUGUCUCGAACAGGGCACUAUGUGGUGCACCCCGACUCCAUGUUCCACCAUGCAAAAAUGGUACACUUGAACCAAAUUGGAGGAAAGCUAAAUAUAUCAUCCCAGGGAUCAUAUCAGUUAUUCUCCUUGUGGCCUCCGUAUCUAUCUUUGUACUAUGCAGGAAAAGGAAUGUGGAAGUUGCAAGAGAGGCUAACUCGUUGCCUCAACUUCUGUGGAGAAGAAUUUCACACCUAGAUCUUCUAAGGGCAACAAAUGGACUUAACAAAAACAACUUACUUGGAAGUGGGGGAUUUGGCUCAGUAUAUAAAGGGACACUUUCAGAUGGAACAAAUGUUGCAGUAAAGGUUUUCAGUUUACAGCUAGAAGGGGCUUUCAAGAGUUUUGAUAGGGAAUGUGAAAUUCUAAGCAAUAUUCGUCAUCGAAACCUUAUCAAAAUCAUCAGUUGUUGCAGUGAACUUGAUUUCAAAGCCUUAGUAUUGAAUUACAUGCCAAAUGGGAGCCUCGAGAAGUGGUUGUAUUCAGAAAACCAUUCUUUGAAUAUGUUACAAAGGAUGAACAUCAUGAUAGACGUUGCGUCGGCAUUGGAGUACCUACACCAUGGUAAUUCAGUACCUAUCGUUCAUUGUGAUAUGAAGCCCAGCAAUAUACUUCUAGAUGAUGUUAUGGUUGCACAUGUUGCUGAUUUUGGCAUUGCUAAACUCGUGAGUGUAGGAGAGUCUACAACCCAGACCAUGACUCUAGCCACAAUUGGGUACAUGGCUCCAGAGUAUGGAACGGAAGGAAUAAUCUCAACAAGAGGGGAUGUAUACAGUUUUGGUAUUGUACUGAUGGAAACAUUUACAAGAAGGAAGCCAACAGAUGAGAUGUUCUCUGGGAAAAUGAGUUUAAAGCAAUGGAUUGCAAAUUCACUACUAUUACCAGAUGCAAUAAUAGAUGAAGUUGUGGAUGCCAAUUUACUUGGGAAGACCAAGCAGGAGCAUGAUGUUGAGACCUGGAGGGAUUGCUUAUCAUCCAUCAUUAGAUUAGCUCUCGCUUGUUCUGCAGAAUCACCGGCACAGAGGAUUAAUAUGCAAGAAUCUGUAGCCACACUCAAUAAAAUCAAGAAUAAGCUUUUGAAGGACAAUGGAGGUGUCCAGUAG